AUAAGUGAAAUACCUACCUAAUAGCCUGUAUUAAAUAUGUAGAUAUUUCUCUGUGGAUUUAAAUAUACAAAAUUUUGACAUUUGGAAAAAAUAUACAUCCUGUUUUAAAGCUAGACUAUAGACCUUUGUGAGGUAGGCUAAUAGCAUCCAUUUUCAGGAUUUACCAAGACCAUUUCCAUUAAGAAAUUAAAUAGGAUGACAUCUGAAAAAUGUGUUUAUAUCAUGUGUUUGUUUGGUUGAAUUGAAGGCCUAUACCUGAAUGAUAAAAUAAACGAGAGUGCUAUGCGUGAAACGAGUGCGCAGAGCAGAUAGGCAAGUUUUUAAGGUUGGCACUCUCUUUUGAAAUCUCUGUCACGCAAUCAGGUUGUAUCUUCCACUGCUUAAUCCUGCCAAUUUGAUGCCAUUAAAAUUAGCCACACACAUUUUUAACAGAGUACCCUAACCGUUAAAACCCUUCAUGACUGUCAUAUAACAUAAAAAUCCUAAACAGCAGACUUAUUGGUACAAAACAUAAAAUACUCAACGCAAUAAAGUCUGCAUAGCAGUGGCCCUUAUUUCUCGAGCUUGCAUGCUCUGCUUGACCCGUGACUGAUGCGAGUUAACAGCUGACUCUUUUCCAUUACAAAUGGCUCGCGGAUAAUCUAGAUAACUACCGGAUCACGCAAACUAUUAAGCUUGGAUAGUGUGCUUGGAAGUAUCUUGAAUCAAACUCACCUAAUAAACGCACGUCGUUGAAUUUGAUUUUAAGAUGCAAUUACAUGACGUAUGCUAUUUUAUUAUAAAUAUGAAUAAGACAAUAACAGUCUAGGCUGCUUUGUAGUUUGAGUUCAAAUCUAAAAUAAAAGUCCGCAUUUCGGCUACGUUAUUAAAGCCCGCUAUCACACUAAAUUACGAUCUAAAAGGGAUGGGUCCUACCAUAAGCUUUGUUCUGACGGAUUCUUUUUAUCCUCUGGCCUAUUUAAAGUAGCCCAUCCAUUACUGAGUCAAAAACUGAAAUGGAACGGGAGGUUCAGAUUAGCCAUGUGUGCACACAAAAUGACCACUAAAAAGAGUAAAGGCCUUACCAAAACUUUUUAAAUCGUCCACAGUUCUUUUUGAAAGACCGUUUCUGUAUAUUUUUUUCGUUUCUUCAUUUAUGCCAUGGUGACGUCCUGUGGCCAUGUGAUCAGAGCGCUGGUAUAAAGGACGAGGGAAGAUCCGCCCUCUUUAUGAUUCAGGUUUGGCCUUUUCCAGGUCCCGUGCGCACUCUAGACUAAGGCAUCCGAAUGAUGUGUGAUCCACAAAAAUAACGGAAACCUAUGGAAGUGGCGAAAAUAACGGGACAGCAUCUCUCUCCACCGGCGCGCUCCUUUCAUUCCCUCAUAUGAGAAUCUCAUCAUCUCCGCCGUAGCUUCUGGGAGCGCAAGCAGCCGUGAGUCAUGACUCUGAGUUCCGAGAUGUCGGAUGCCUCCAUCCUUUCGGAAGAGACCGACAUAGACGUGGUCGGCGAGGGAGAGGACGGGGACAGCCAGACGCGCUCAUACGUAGAUGAGGUGGCCCAGAUGCACGACGAUAUCCUCCUGGGUGGCUCCCCGCCAUGCAUGGACAAUGCUUCUUCCCGGGAUUCCUACAAACCAGCGAGUAAGAACACUCUUGUGAAGCCCCCCUACUCCUACAUUGCCUUAAUCACCAUGUCCAUCCUUCAAAGCCCCAAAAAGAGACUCACCCUCAGCGAGAUCUGCGACUUUAUCAGCAACCGUUUCCCGUACUACAGGGAAAAGUUUCCAGCUUGGCAAAACUCCAUCAGGCACAACUUGUCCCUGAAUGACUGUUUCGUGAAGAUACCGAGGGAGCCCGGGAAUCCCGGUAAGGGCAACUACUGGACCUUAGACCCGGAAUCGGCUGAUAUGUUUGACAAUGGCAGCUUUCUGAGAAGACGGAAACGCUUCAAACGCCAGCAGACGCAGGAUUUGCUUCGGGAGCACAACAGUUUUCUCCCCGCCGCUGCAUACGGCUAUGGACCCUACGGCUGCGGCUAUGGUAUCCAGCUGCAGUCAUACCACACACACUCGGCGCUCUUUGCGUUUCAGCAGCAGCAGCAGUCCAGGCAUUCUCACACGGGAACCAUUAUCCCUGCACCUUCUUUGAUGCCUACUUCCACAGACUUGGCCAGGACCCGGUUUUACCCUCAGCUCAGUCCCAGCUUGUCCUCCCCCAUACAGACGGCAGCGAAGUCCAUCUCGCCUGUCCAACGGUCUCCCUUCUCCAUAGAGAGCAUCAUUGGGGGGUCGUUAAGCACCGCGCACACUCACUGUGCCUCGCGGACUUCUCCUGUUGUUCCAAUGUUAUCGUCCUCACUUGGGCCACAUUCGCCCAACCUUCCACCGAGCGUGCACCAAGGAACUGUUUUACACACAGUCGAAAACUUUCCCAACAGAAUUGUGAACGGCACUAGUGGCUGUUAAAUUUCUUAACUUCAAAGUUUUCGACAGGCACAAACCCGCCCCUCUUUGAAGGUAGGAUUAUUUUUGUAUGUUCAUUUGAUAACACGCAGCUGAAUGACGGACAUAAACACUAUUCGUGCCUAUAUUCAUGCUGUAAAAGGUAGUUGGGCCUAUAUUUAUGUUAUAAUUUUUAGUGUGAAUUAAUUAUUUUCACGAACUUUUCAUUUUCAUGAAGUGAUUCGUUCAAGUCACUGUGUAGGGUGUCUCAGGAUGACUUCUGAACAGUUUAUAAUGGUCACGUGUCUAAAACAAUGUAUUUUGUGUCAAACACACCCAUGUUUUUAGUUUGACAAAUUGAGACAUUUGAACUGUUUUGGUUGAUUUUUUGGUUCUGCUUUGUUUUGAAAAGACACAAUGAGAGAGAAAUUCAUUUAUACAGUAUGCAGUGUGUGUUUCUUUCAAUAAUAAAACAUUGUACAUUCGUUGGCAAGUAUUGUAUAAUCGGAGUGUGAUAUUUUUACACGAUUUGUUUUUCAAUAAGAAUAAAUAUCGUUUUGCAAAAAUGAAA